AUGCUGCUGAUCUGCCUCGCUGUGCUCGGCCUCACCAGCAGCUCUCUGUCUGCUGCUAUCCCACCACCAGAUGCUACAGGAUCCAGAAACAAGCUACUGCUCAUCUCCUUCGAUGGUUUCCGCUGGGACUAUGACCAAGACGUGGACACCCCGAACCUGGAUAAGAUGGCCUGGGAUGGGGUGAGGGCAGAAUACGUCACCCCACCCUUCCUCACCAUCACCAGCCCAGCACACUUCACCCUGCUUACAGGACGUUAUGUUGAGAAUCAUGGAGUAAUCCACAACAUGUGGUUCAACACUACCACUCAGGAGAAGAAGCAGUACUACCAAAGUCAGUUUGUUGAUUCCUACUGGGACAACGGCAGCUUACCCAUCUGGAUAACAGCACAGAGACAGGGUCUAAAAGCAGGUUCUCUGCAUUUCCCUGGAACAGCAGCCACCUACAGAGGGGAGACUGUGGGGGUUAGACAAGUGGAACCUUUUCUCUAUGAUCAUUCAAAUGAGACCGAUUGGAGGCUGAACAUUGACAAGGUGAUUGGAGAAUGGUUCCACCAACAGGAUCUGGACUUUGUCUCCUUGUACUUCGGAGAACCAGAUUUGAUUGGGCACAAAUAUGGACCAAAUUCUGAAGAACGCCGUGAGAUGGUCCAGCAAGUAGACCGUACAGUGGGCUACAUCCGGGACAAGGUCCAAGAACAUGGCCUUACUGACCGGCUCAACAUUAUCAUCACUGCCGACCACGGGAUGACUACAGUUUUAAGAGGUGGAACCUUUGAGGAGAUCACCCUCUCUAAGAUCCCUGGAUUCAGCUUCAAGGAUGUCAAAUUCCACCUGGUGGAUUAUGGUCCUGCUGGGAUGCUGCUUCCUAAAGAGGGGAUGCUGGAGAAGGUCUACCAGGCUCUGAAAGGAAGCCACCCUCACCUUCAUGUGUACAAAAAGGAGGAGAUGCCAGCUAGACUGCACUACGGUAACCAUCCUCGGCUCUUGCCCAUCAUCCUCUUUGCUGAUCCUGGAUAUGUAAUCAAUGGGUUUUUCCCUGUGCAGUUCCACAAAGGAGAACAUGGCUUUGACAAUCAAGUGAUGGACAUGAAGCCUUUUUUCAGGGUGGUGGGACCUGAUUUCAAGACAAACGUGGUGUUCCGGUCUUUUGAGACAGUCAAUGUGUACCCACUGAUGUGCCAUCUACUGGGGAUAAACCCAGAAGUCAAUGAUGGACACCUGGACAAUACCAAAGACAUGAUGGUCCCCAACAAAAAAAACAAACUGAAUGCCCUGUCUCAAGUGGUUGUCGGUUUAUCUGCAGUGACCGUUUUUCUCGCACUGGUGUUCAUAAUGACCACUUCCUAUGCUGGGUGUAAAAGGAAUCGAGUAGAAAGGAGUUUCAACAUGGAACAUGCAGCUGGGUACAUUGGGGAAGAAAAGACAGACAUCAAGCAGAGCAGCUUUUAAAAAUUAAGACUGAUUUUGUUUUUUUCUAAUCUUCUUUCUUAUUCAAUCCACAUCCUUCCAUUAAUGACAGAUACAACA